AUGCAUUCCUUAUCGAUUGUGCUUGCCUAUUUUGUCGUAGGCUUGGUGGCCGCGCAACGUUCUGCGCCAGCCGUAUACACGAAAGGAAAUUGGAUAGUCGACAAUAAAUACAGCUUCCAGAAGAAUUCAUACUUCGAUUUCAGCAAGGCAACCUCCCUACCGGCGGGCCUAAAAGCCAGCAACUACCCAGUCGACACUUACUCCUUUUCACCUGCGAAUGUGAUUGUUGGUAAAGGCUACCUACAACUUUGGGUGAGAAGCAAGUCUUUCAGUUCGGCUGAAGUUACAACUACAUCAAAAAUCAAGUACGCAUCUGUUCGGACAGUUGCUAUUCUUUCUGAGCCGGCUGGAGUCUGCAAUGGAAUGUUUUUCUAUCAGUCAGAUACCCAAGAAACCGACAUUGAGUUCCUAUCGAAUGGACAAUCCAACAGCAACACGGAUGCAGCCAAAUCUGCCAACGCUAAAUCUGGAACGCGAUAUCUUUGGCUUUCAAACCAAGCUGUGGAUGGUAGUGGGCUGAAGACGACAAAUCCCGUGGCAUUGCCAGCAAAUCCGACGACUACUGAGCACGAGUACCGCUUGGACUGGCUGCCUGGCCUAACAAAUUUCUACGUUGACGGAAAGCUGGUCUGGAGUUCGACGAAGAACGUUCCAUCGGUAGCUGGCACUUGGGUUUUCAACAACUGGGCUGACGGCGAUAAAUACUGGAGUGCAGGGCCGCCGGCCCAGAACGCAGUCUUCAGGAUUAAGGAGAUUAAUAUGUACUGGAACGCUGGCUAA